UUAUCAUACAAAAUUAAUGGUUUAACAGUUGAACCACUUAAUUGUUUUUAAAAUUUUCAAACUGAUAGUAGCCAUCAGUUUAAAUAAUUUUGAAUUUUCCUUAAAAUAAUUUUUAUAUAAUAAUUAAAUUUGGUGCUUUAAAUUAUUAGUACGAUCUAAUAUUCACUAAUAAAAAAUGCAGAGCAGGGUAAAAUUACCAGAUUAUUAUUCAGAGAAAGGAGCUAUCGGUAAUAAGAAUCAUAUUAGUGUUAAGAAAAACUCGAGAAAUUCCAAGCAAAAAUAUUCCAAAACUAAUCAUUUUCAAAAUUGCAGUGAACCCAUUACUCAAUUCUCACCUUUUCAAUGGAACCAAUCCAAUCAGCGGUUAUAUCCAACAAUGUCUGAUUCUGCAGUAUGUGGAUAUCCUAUCCCUAUGAAUAUACCUAUUGAUCCUAGAUAUCAUACAAUAUAUCCUAUGUAUCAACCUUAUGUACCUAUAGGGUAUGGAAGAGAUUAUAUAGAACAAGAUUCAUUAGCAAAAUCAAAAGAUCAAUUCACUAGUUUGCCACCUAUUAAUGUUAUAGAUAAUGAUUCUGAAAUGAAACGCACACGUAGUGAUCCUGGUUUGAAUAAUUCAGAUGAUAAAUUUGAACUGGUGAGCAGUGGAUCUGAUGUAGAAUCCAUUGAAACAUGUUUUCCUAGUGAAAUAGCAGAAUUAAAACAAGAAAAUUACAGACUUUCAAAUGAACUAGAGUUUUUAAAAAUUGAGUUGCGUAACUUGAAAUUAGAGAUUUCAAAUAAAAAUAAUCAGAAUUGUGCAUGUAAUGAUGCAGGUUCUCUAACAAACAUUAUUCAAGAAAUAAGAACUGCCCACAUUUUAAUGGAAAAAACACUUGAAUCUAAGUUAAAUCAACUUUGUACUAGUUUCAAUGAAAAUUUAUUAGACAGAACUCAAGUAUCAUCUAUUCGUGAAAAAAUGAAUAAAUUUGAAAACAGUUAUAUUUUAACCAAUACUAUUUUUCAAGAAGAUUCGCAACUUGAAACAAACAAACUACAAAAACAAAUUGAUAAUUUACAAUCCCAAGAAACUCCCCAACUUUAAUUUGCCUCUGAAAUAAAAUCACCAAAGUAGUAAAUAUUUUUUAAUUUAUAAAAAUUGUAGAGUUAACAUUUUAUUUCAUUGGUUCUUCAGUAAAUUUUAUUAAUAUAUCAUUCUUGAUAAAAAGAAAAUGAAAAAGGGUUAUCCUAUUCUUAAUUGAUUUAUUCACCUAGUUACUUACAUUAGAUUCAUAAAAUGUUCAUGUUAUAAUGUUUUAUUUCACUAGUAAAACUAUUUUAAAUGAUUCAUUUUCCCUCUAAUUAUUUUAACAAUCAAUUGUUUACUUAUGUCUAUAGUUUUGUAAUCAUUGGUAAAUGUUAUUCAUUAAUUUGAUAAAAAUUAUGGAAUAUCUUCAUUAUAUUGUGACUCGCAAACAUUCGAUUAAUUUAAAACCUAUUUUUGUCUUAACUAUAACUUUUUAAAUGUCUUAUAUAUUAAUAUUAAAAUUAAUUUAGCCUACUAUUUUAUGAUUAUUUUAAAUGUAAAUAGAUAAAUAAAUUAUUUUAUUUUUUUAGAUAAAAUGUUUUAUAAAUGUAAAAAUUUAAAUUUCUGUUAUAUAGAUGUAAUUAAUUAAUCAAAUGAAUUAUUACUGCAUAAAUUAUAUUAUAUUAUGUUACAUUUUUUAGUAAACUUUUAGAGCAAAUAUUCUAUUUUACUGACUUUUGUAUAAUGCUGAAAUUAUAUUUUCUGAUAUUUUUGUACAUUGAUUCUUACUUCUCUAUAUUAUAUUUAUUUUUGAUAUUGAAUAUAUUGUUAGAUAAAAUUAAUACAGCUGAAACAUUUAAAAUAAUUUAAAUUAAAUUAUUGUGAAUCCUUUACUCUAUUUUCUUAAUUUAUAAUUUAAAAUACUUGACGUUAGUAAUUAUACCUUAGUUUUUUUUAGUGCAUUUCUUCUACCUUUCAACUUAUUGUGGCUUAUUGUUAUUUCUCCUGGUCACAAAUUUAAUUUAAUUUAUUUAUUUAUAUUUUAGUUUUUAUGUUAAAAUUUCAAAAAUUUCUAUGAGGUCUAUAUGGUUUUGGGAAAAAAUCUUUUUCACUUACAUAAUAAGUACUUAUAAAAUUAUUUUUGGUAAGUAAAAUUUGUAAAACUGAUUUUUGUUCUUUUAUACUUUCAUAAUAUAAAUUUAAUUCUUUAAAUUUUCCAAAAGUAUAUAGUCACGUUUAGGCUCGUAUAAUUAUUAUGAAUAUUUGGGUUAACGUCUCAUUUUUGUGCAUAUAUAUAUUCUGACUAUAAACUCGUAGAAAAUUAUUUUUUUAGUUAAUUUGUCUCUUUUAUUCAUAUUUAAUAUAUUUUAUAGUUGUCACUUAUGAACUUGGAUUAGAUUAUUAAUUAUUUUUUUGUUUUGAUAUUAUGUUAGUUAUUUUUAUAUAUUAUAUUUAAUUAAGUAUACAGAUACUUUCUGUCAACUUCUUUUAAAUACGUUUAUAAUACAAAAUGUGUUGAUAUAUUUAAUAAAGUUUAUUGUUAUAUA